CCCUCUACAGGAUUCUUUCCAGCAACACAGUGAGUAAGAAAGAGUGUGAGAGAGAGGAAAAGAGAGAGAGAAAGAGCGAAGGGGUAACAGAACUGUGGCUUAACCUACUGAGGAAGUCGCAGCUAAACCAAACUACGACAGUUCCAAAGAGGCAGACUCUGGGGCACCGACCGCAACAUGCAGCCGCCACCCAGGAAGGUAAAGGAAAGCCAGCAGGUGAAGCUGCUGUUCUCAGAGCAGCUCAGCAAACUGCAGUGCAAACAGCACCAGGACACUGAGCUGUUGGAGGAGAUCAGGUCCUUCAGUAAGCAGAGAGCAGCUAUAGAGAAGGAGUAUGCUCAGGCUCUUCAGAGAUUAGCCAUCCAGUACCAGAAGAGAGACUGGCAGAGAGGAAAUACAGACACUGUGAUUUCUGGGAGUGUGUUUGGUGUGUGGCGAUCGGUGGUGGACGCCACAGCUCAAACUGCCGCCUCUCGACUCACUGCUGCAGAAGAAUACCGCCGGCUUUUUGGACACGCCUCCAAAAGCAUCCACAACGCCAAGGAGAUCCACGCGAAACGAGUUCUGGAGCAGCUGCAGAGGGUGCAGGGUGAGGUGGUGGACGCACUGCGAGAGCUGCACAGGGUCAAGAAGAACUACCACCAUCUGAGUCACAUCGCCGGUGUCGCCAGAGAGAAAGCAGCUGACGCCCAGACGAGAACUAGAAAGAGUGAACAUGGGAUUUUCCAUUUCAAAUCAGGUCAACAUAAGAUGACUGCUAAGCCGUCAACUCACAUCACCAGCACUACCACACUGAAGACUUACCUCUCCUAAUGGAGCAAAUGGACAGAGACGUUUAUGAUGAUUUGAGGCACCACUUUACCCGGCUGUGUGGGACAGAAAUGGACACCUGUCUGGCCUCACACAAGCA